AUGGACAUCCCCAGCGUUCCCACCUCCCCAGCCCCCAACCUCUUCGCCUUCUUCACUGCUCAGGCCACUCCGGGGACUCCAGAGGAGGAGGAGGAGGAGGCAGGCGAUUUCCUCCCUGGACUUAUUGCCCUGGCCUGCAUCUUCCUCCUGCUGGUCUCCUGCCUGCUGUUCAUGAUCGUCUGCCAGCCAGCGGCACUGGACCCGAGGCGCAGGCGGUGUGAGAGCAUGCCCCACGACCCGGUGAGCCCCAGCGAGCCCCAGCUCCGCCUCUGGAAGCGCCUGGGCUCCCUGCGCCUCUCCAGGCACAGCUUCCGCAGGGGCCGGCCGGCCGCCCCGAGACGCCCUCUGCCGGGCCGCGCGGGGGACAGCAGCGGCGACUACAUGGAGUCCACGCUGAUGUGA